UAUGUUAGUUAUUCCUUUUGAAAAAACUUAAUAACAAAUUAGAAAAAUAGCUAUAUAUUCUUUGAUUAUAUUCAUUAUUUGUUAUCAUAAUUAUGCAAACUCAUUACAUACAGAUUUUAUAUUUGAAAGAAAUUAAUUUUUAUUAAUUUUUACAUGUUCUGUUUAUAUGAGAAAGGAUAAAAGUAUUCAUCAAAUUAUUUAUUUUUGAAUCUAGUAACUAAAAUUCUGGUGGCGCCACGGAAUAGUUCUCUUUCUCUUCCCCUCUUCAAAAAUUUAUAAAAAUAGACCGAGCAAUUUCCAACGAAAUUAGCAAGUUUAUGAAACAAAUUGAUUAUUUGUUGCCAAAAAAAAGCACAUUUUUCAAAUAAACUUAACGAAUGUGUGAAAUUAUAAAGAAAUAUUUUCGUAGCUUACAUUAGUAUACAUGUCCCUACAUACUCUCUUGUUUGAACGAGAUGAGGACCAUCUAAUUAUAUUGAUUUCGUUGUCAUCUAUUAUAUCACACGUUCAUUUGUAUUAUUUAAAAAAAAUAUAGAAAAAAUAUUGAAUUCCCAAUAACGUUAUUUCUCAUGAAUAAAUCAAUGCCUCAAUGCUGUUCUGUCCCAAUGGUCAUAGACUGACGUGUGACAUAACAUCCAAUAUUAUAGAUCUACUUUAAUAUAGAAAAAUGGCUACUUGGGCUGAGGACGAAAUUGGACGAAAAUGGGAUCGUUGUUUUACUGAUGCUAUAUUUAAAUUUGGAAGAAAGUGGCCUAUUAUAACUGGUGGAGGUUUUGGAUUAGGUAUGGCAUAUGCUAAUUGUCAAGAAGAUUUGAAUUCUACAAUAAGACAACAAAAAUCCAGAGAAUGUAAAUCAGAUAAAAAAAAACUGCCUGAAGAAAAGAAAAGUUCUUAGCAAACUUUCUGUAAAAAAAAUUGUUAUGUUGUUACCAAACAACAUACAAUAUACCAAUAAACUAGUUGAACUUGUAUUAUAGUGUCAUACAAAAUAAACUCUUUCAUAAUUAUUAAUAUAAUUUAAAAAUGUGAAAUAUACAUAUUUAUUAUUUUAUUUUACUAUUAUUAGCAUUUAAACAUAAAUAUUCAGAUGCUAAAUAAAAUAUUUAUUUUCUAUAUCUAGUACUUUUAAUGUUUUUCUAAUCUUAUAGUUAUAUUUUCACUGUAAAGAGAAAUUCGGACAUAUUAGUAUAGACAAUUGUAAAUAAAUAAAGUGUGUGACAUCAGUAUCAUUAGAUUUGAAUAAGAAAGAAAUAUUGCAAUUAUCAAAAUGUAUAUCUUGUAAAACUCAAACAAAUCACCAUGUGUUUUUAAGUAGUUAUUACUUUAUUAUUCUAGUAAAUUGUCGAACAUUGAUAGUCAAAAAAUAAAUUGUUUACAUUAAGAAUUUUAUAAAAUAUUUCGAAUAUUCUAUCUAAUAUGAUUGAUAAUGUUUUUUACUACAAUUAAAUACUCCCGCGUUUAUUUGCACGAACAAAAGUUACUAGAUUGGUAACAUUUGCAAUGUGUGUAGCUCGUAACAAUUUCGCCCUUUCACUCGUUAUUUUUUAGAAAUGCUGUAGUUAUUAACUUGUACUUUUUAUUCUUUUAUACUAAAUAAAAUGGACAAAACGAAUGUAUUUGUAAGAAAUUAACGAAAAAAACUUAUCCACGUAUUAAGCUUUGUUUUUGGAGAUUUUCGUCGAUACAUUUCGACACAUAAAACAGAAUUUCUCUGAAAGAAUGGAUCUGACUCAAAUCUAAACAGAUCUAUUUGUUAAUGCCUGUUGAAAGCAUUUUUGUAUAACCGCGUAUAUUGGAGUGAAGUUUGCGUGAUUGAUAUAAGAAAGAAAUUACUUUGGUUUAAUUGGAACUGAGAUAAAAUGUUGACUGCUGCUGCGAAUUCCUUAUCGAAUAACGGAGGCUCGUACAGCAAUGAUAGACCAUCUAGCACGGCAGAUCCAGAAUUUGUAACUGAUCCUGCUUCGGGUGGAUUUUUUCACUCUGAUUAUAAAAAAUGAUAGCAAAAGGAAGAGAUGCGUCAGAAUUAUUUCCAGCUGUAGUAAAAAAUGUUGUAUCAAAGAAUAUAGAAGUGAAGAAAUUAGUUUAUGUUUAUUUGGUGCGUUAUGCUGAAGAUCAACAAGAUCUUGCACUUUUAUCUAUCUCUACAUUUCAACGAGCAUUAAAAGAUCCUAAUCAAUUAAUAAGAGCCAGUGCUUUAAGAGUACUUUCAAGUAUACGAGUUUCUAUGAUAGUGCCUAUAGUAAUGCUUGCUAUCAAAGAUUCAGCCAGUGAUAUGUCACCAUACGUUAGAAAAACUGCAGCACACGCAAUUCCUAAACUUUAUUCACUAGAUUCUGAGCAAAAGGAGGAAUUGAUAGGCGUUUUAGAAAAAUUAUUAUCAGAUAAAACAACUCUUGUUGUGGGUUCUGCAGUAAUGGCAUUUGAAGAUGUUUGUCCUGAAAGAAUAGAUUUGAUACACAAAAACUAUAGGAAGCUCUGUAAUUUAUUAGUAGAUGUGGAUGAAUGGGGACAAGUUGUCAUAGUCAACAUGCUUACAAGAUAUGCAAGAACACAGUUCGUUAAUCCCAAUGUAGAUAACAUAGAAGAUGAUGAAAAUCGUCCGUUUUAUGAUUCUGAUUCUGAUUCGUCUAAUACAAAAAAACCAAAAUUAACAAUAGAUUCAGAUCAUCGAUUAUUAUUGCGAAAUACAAAACCCCUUUUACAAAGCAGAAAUGCUUCCGUUGUAAUGGCAGUAUCUCAGUUAUAUCAUCACACUGCACCACGAAGUGAAGUAAUGAUUGCUGCAAAAGCAUUAAUCAGAUUAUUAAGAGGACACAGGGAAGUUCAAAGCAUAGUUCUUCACUGCAUUGCUAGCAUAUCAAUUGCCAGAAAGGGAAUGUUUGAACCUUUUCUUAAGUCAUUCUUUGUAAGAACUUCAGAUCCUACUCAUAUAAAACUUCUGAAAUUAGAUAUUUUGACCAAUUUAGCAACUGAAACCAGUAUUGGAGUUAUAUUAAGGGAAUUCCAAACUUAUAUUUCUAGUAGUGAUAAAGAAUUUGUUGGAGCUAGUAUACAAGCAAUUGGGAGAUGUGCAAGUAACAUAAAAGAAGUGACGGAUACAUGUUUGAAUGGAUUAGUUUCAUUAUUGAGUAAUCGAGAUGAGGCUGUUGUAGCAGAAAGCGUUGUUGUUAUAAAGAAGUUACUACAAACUCAACCGAACGAACAUAAAAACAUAAUUGCUCACAUGGCAAAAUUAAUGGAUUUCAUAACUAUACCACAAGCCAGAGCAUCGAUCUUGUGGCUCUUAGGAGAAUAUUCAGAUAGAGUACCUAAGAUAGCGCCAGAUGUUCUUAGAAAAAUGGCUAAAAAUUUUGUAAACGAACAAGAUAUUGUGAAGCUUCAAAUUUUAAAUUUAGCUGUAAAACUGUGUCUAAAUAAUCCCAUUCAAACCAAGCCAUUUUGUCAAUACGUUUUUCAGCUUGCAAAAUACGAUCAAAACUAUGAUAUUAGAGAUCGUGCACGUUUUUUGAGACGUUUUAUUUUUGAUGAGGAUGGUCAUAAGAAAAAACUUCCACAGCUUGCGAAAAGAAUAUUUUUAGCACCAAAACCUGCACCAACUCUAACAUCCAGGUUUAAAAAUUCUGAAUAUCAGUUAGGGACAUUGUCACAUUAUUUGGAUAUGCCAUGUGCUGGUUACCGUCCUUUGCCACCUUUCCCUGAUGUAGCUCCUGAACCAUCAGUGAGAGAUGUUGCAAGCGGCACUACUAAAAAUGCAAGAGAUGAAUAUUAUAGGAAAGAUAAGAAAGAUAAAAAGGGAAAAGAGAAAGAAAAGCCUUUCUAUAGUGAUGAAGAAAGUGUUCAAGCAGAUGAAUCUUCAGAUACUUCGACAAGUGAUUCUUCAGAUGAUGAAAGUGACUCGUCUGAGUAUAUAUCAGAAUCUGAAAAAUCUGAAAACGAUGAAAAUGAAAAAAAGAAAUCUACUAAAGUAUCUGAUGAGUCGAACAGUGAGUCUGAAAGUGAAGAAUCAGAUUCUGAAGAAUCAUCCGAGAAUUCUCAGGAAAGUGAAGAAGAAAAAUACAAGGCUUCAAUUCAAGAAGCAGAAGAAAAACCAAAAAGCAACAUUGAUCUCCUUUUAGACUUAGAUGAUGUGGUUCCAAUGACGCCAGUUAUGCCAUUAAGCACAGGUGGUCUUCUUACUCCUAUCAAUUUGAAUAUUACAAAUGAUGUCAGAGAAGUUUCUGCUUCUUUUAUUCCCAUAAAAAAAUCUGAAUUAUUAAGUAGUAUUAUGGGUCAUGGUUUAAAAAUUGAAUACAGAUUUACUAGGUCGCAGCACUUAGUAAGUGCUUAUUUAGUUACUAUUGAAUUAACAUUUUCAAACGAAGGUAGCGAACCUGUUAAAGAAAUACAAGUUGGAGUAAAGAAUUUACCAAAAGGAAUGCUGAUACAUGAUUUCAUACAAAUACCACUAUUAGAAAAAAAUUCAGAAUUAUCCACUACAUUGGGAAUCAAUUUUAACGAUUCCACACAACCAGCAAAUUUUAAUAUUGACUUCAUAAUUGGAGAGGAUAUAUAUUCCUGUCCAGUUACUAUUAAAGCUCCAAUUGGAGAAAUAAUAAGAGCCGUGCUUUUGUCAGAAAGUAUGUUUACAACUGAAAAAACCAAAUUAAAAGGUAUGAAUGAACAUGUUGCAAAAGUGCAAUAUUCUGGAAAUAAGAAAAUUAUUUCCCCAAAAGUUUUCGAGACUGCAAAUGUUGCAAUAAUAUCUAACAAUGAUGAAGAAAUCAGGUUUGCCGCCCAUACUUUAGCAUCAAAGUCUUUGGUAUUAGUGACAAUAAAAAUGAUAGGUAAUGAAUGUUUGGAAAUAUGUGUUAAUUGUGAAAAGAUGGUAAUAGGUUCUAUCUUGUUAAAUGAAUUAAAAAGUAAUUUAAAGAUGAACUAAAUAUUUUCUACUUAUAGUCAUAAAUUAAAUAUACUUGUAUAAAAUAAGUAUAAGAUUCUUACAAUGGUUAAGUGCAUAUAUGUUUAAUUUCGCAUGAAGAUACACUAAUUAAAUAUAAAAAUUUAAAUAUAAUAUAUUUGUUAUGAGAUCAUUAAAUUUUUAUAAUAAAUUGAGAUUAUUGUUUAGUAAAAAAAUAUAUAUGUCAAUUUUGUAAAC